GCAGAUGUCUGACGACCUCGUAAAGCAGCUGGCUGGUUAUAAGGCCCAGCUUCAGCAAGUGGAAGCUGCUCUCUCAUCAGACGCAGAAAAUGAGGACCUCUUGAAAUUACAAAAAGAUCUACAGGAAGUUAUAGAAUUAACAAAAGACCUACUGUCAUCACAACCUACUGUAGCUAAAGCCAGUUCAGACAGUUCUGCUACAGCUGAGCCCAGCAUUACUUGGGAGGUUGGAGAUCAGUGUAUGGCUGUAUGGAAUGAAGAUGGACAAUGGUACGAAGCUGAAAUAGAAGAGAUUGAUGAGGAGAAUGGCACUGCAGCGGUCACAUUUGCGGGCUACGGCAAUGCAGAUCUUGUACCUCUGUUGAGUUUGAAACCUGUAGAAGAGGGAAGGAACUCUACAGACGAAAGUGGAAACAAAGCAAAGUCAAAAAAGGAGCUGAUUGCACAACAAAGAGAAUAUAAAAAGAAGAAAGCUUUGAAGAAGGCCAUGAGAAUGAGAGAGCUUGAACAGGAGAGAGAAGACCAAAAAAUGAAAUGGCAACAGUUUAACAACAGAGCUUACAACAAAAAUAAAAAAGGCCAGGUGAAGAGGAGUAUAUUUGCUUCACCCGAGAGUGUAACUGGAAAAGUCGGUGUUGGAACGUGUGGAAUUGCAGACAAACCCAUGACACAGUACCAAGAUACAUCUAAAUAUAACGUGCGGCAUCUGAUGCCACAGUAACAGAGAAAGGAUGAUGGCAUAGAAGUUUUGCUCUUUUCUAGCACAGAGUUAUGUAACUUAUACUUCAUAGACUGCUUAUAAGUAUUUGUGUAUUCUUUAUAAUAAAAGUGUGGCUUUAAACUGCAGUGACAGCUGUCCAGUUUAAACAGAACUCUUUUGUAAAAUUUACAACAGAUUAGCUUUCCAGAUUAAGAGUUUCAAUUUUGAUUACAUUAUUAUUUUGUACAUAAAGGAAGGAUGUACUUUUUUUUAAACCUGUGGUCUCAAGUUUCUCAGUAGCCCCCCUCCAAAAAAAUUUAAAAAAGUUGAGAGUGUAAUAAAGGGACCCAAUGGUUUUAA